AUUCUCGGUCAGAUAAUUCCUAGAGAUGAGCAGUCAUAGUAAACAACAACCUGGCCUAUUUAUGAGCCAAGGACCCCAGAAGACCGGAGCUAGCCUUCCCUGUUUCCUGCCCUAUCCACUCCACUCAGCCCUUUCCUUCUCCAGGCCAUUGUAUCCUUCACAGCGCCUACCAUGAUUUCUCACACCUCCAAGAUGACCGAGCUGGCAGCUCGGAUUAGCGAAAACACCGCCAAAGUAGAUGCCUACCUACGCAGUCGGGGCCUCCCCUUCCCCUCCUUCCACGAAGACGGGCCCGUGGACUUCGGUAUCGACGACGAGGAGAUCCAGCAAGCUCAAGAAGAGGCCAUCUAUUCCUCCUUGGAGCUUCAACGGCUCCUCCAAGGCCCGAAACAGUUCUACCGUCCCCUCCCAAACAUCAUCAGUCUCCAAGCGAUUUCCAAAUAUGAAAUUGCAACCAAAGUCCCCAUCCACGGUCAGAUCUCUUUUGCCGAUCUCGCCCAACAAUGUGGCCUCAGUGAAGUCAACGUCCGUCGAUUUCUGCGCUACGCCAUGUUCUUCCAUAAAGUCUUUUGCGAGCCGCGUCAGGGUUACGUGGCACAUACCGCUGCCUCGCGGUUCUUGGCGGAGAACAAAGUCAUCCAAGACGUUUUGUCUCACUAUGCAGAAGAAGCGGGUCCUUCUUAUGCUUUGACACUCCGUGCCCUUGACGAAUUCAACGGACAAGAAGAACCCAACCAGACUGGAUGGAACCUCUACCACCAAACCACCGAUUCCCCAUGGGAAUACUACGACACACACCCCGAACAAGCCCGACGAUUCUUCAGCACCAUGGCCUACGAGACCGAACUGCAAGACCGAUCCAACACCGUCCUCGUCAACAGCUACCCAUGGUCCUCUCUCCGCCCCAAUGGCACCCAAGCCACAGUCGUCGACCUCGGCGGAUCACGAGGUGUAACAGCCACGGCCCUCGCACAGUCCGUUCCAAACCUAAAGGUGAUCGUCCAGGAUAUCCCAUCAAUGAUCAAGGGUGCCAAAGAAGGGAUUCCAUCAGAGGUCGGCAACCGGGUGGACUUUGUGGCGCAUGACUUCUUCAAGACACAGCCCCUGCACGCGGACGCCUACAUUAUCCGCCACGUCUUUCACAAUUGGUCCGAUACGAACGUGAUUCGCAUUCUGCAAGCUCUGGUUCCGGCGUUGCAUCGGGGUUCGAGGAUUAUUAUUAAUGAUUAUAUUGCGCCCCCGCCGGGUGUGACGACGCCUUUGAAGGAGCAGCGGCUGCGGGAAAUGGACAUGACCAUGUUGACCCUCUGCAACGCCUACGAACGAGAGAGCCAAGAUUGGAAGAAUGUCAUCGAGCGGGCCGACUCGCGCUUUCAGAUCGCACAGAUGUUGGUACCGAAUGAUAGUGAGGGUAUCAUUGAGAUUGUGUGGGAGGGUUGAACAGGAUAUCUUGGCGCUAUCACUCAAACUUCAAGACUUUCUUGUGAGAUGAGUGAUUUAUAUGAUAGAUGAUAGACGAUAGACGAUGGCGCAUGAUUCCCAUGUGCUGUCAUGACAAGCACUUAUGACAAUGAUGGACAUGGAAUAUAAUCUAUGUGCAAGCGAGUGUGUACUUGCAGAACCCUAAUCUUGG